ACGUCACCGCCACCUAAUGUCCCACUUGGAUUAAAGAUGGCGCCCUCUCAUGCACUGAGGUGCUGUAAACGGGCUCUAAACUGGGUACCUGUCCUGUUUAUAAACCUCGUCGUCGGUUGGUCUUAUUACGCUUAUGUUGUGGAGCUUUGUGUCUAUACAAUCCCAAGUAAUGCAGAACGAAUCAGUUAUUUGGUUGUAUUUCACAUUGUCCUCACCAUGUUUAUAUGGUCCUAUUGGAAAACUAUCGGGUCCAAACCAGCCAGCCCCUCAAAAGCGUUUGCUCUGCCCAGAGCAGAGAAGGAACUGUAUGAGAGAGAGGAGCGAGCCGAAACGCAACAAGAGAUUCUGAAGAAGGUGGCGAAGAAUUUACCCGUGUAUACACGCACGGCUGGAGGAGCCAUCCGUUAUUGUGACCACUGCCAGGUAAUCAAACCUGACCGCUGCCAUCACUGCUCCACCUGUGAGAUGUGUGUGUUGAAAAUGGAUCAUCAUUGCCCCUGGGUGAAUAACUGUGUUGGAUUCUCAAACUACAAGUACUUUGUCUUGUUCCUGGCCUAUGCCUCACUUUACUGUGCAGUCAUCUGUGCUACAGUCAUCCAGUAUUUCAUCAAAUUCUGGACCAAACAGCUGCCUGACACGCAUGCCAAAUUCCACAUCUUGUUUCUGUUUUUCGUGGCUGCCCUGUUCUUUAUCAGCAUCCUGUCACUUCUCAGCUACCAUCUGUGGCUUGUGGGAAAAAACAGGACCACUAUAGAGGCUUUUAGGGCUCCUGUCUUCACAAACGGUCCAGACAAAAACGGGUUUUCUCUGGGCUUUAGCCGAAAUGCAGCAGAGGUGUUUGGAGACCAAGGAAAGUACUGGUUGUUUCCUGUUUUCUCAAGUCUGGGGGAUGGUCAUUCCUUUGUUACCAGAUUGGUACACAUAGAUCCUGAGAUGGCAAACAGUGUCCUCCAGCAGAAUGGCAAAAGCCUUGCUGAUGGGGACACCAACCCUUCUGUGCUUGGUAACAAUAUACAACACACAGUUGAUGACAGCAAGGAGAAAAUGGAUGGAGCCCAGACAGUCUCUGUUACAAUGGAGAGUGAGCCGUAGCAGGUUGCAGGCACGUCAGUAAACUAUGAUGCCUUAAAGCGGGAGCAUCAGCGCCUCCACAGGAGCCGUCCUCAACCUUGUUUUGAGUGGACAGUGCAGCCUCAAGCCACAUAUUCUGUAUGUACAUUCAAUGGACCACAUUUCAUCCAACGUGCUUUAAACCAGCACCACAACAAUACUGCUAUCAUGUCAACAGGGACUGUACAGUGACCUCGUAGACUGCACCAGUCUGAAGCAAGAGGUGAUUCACAGGUUUCGUCUUUGUUUUUAGCCAAAGACAUUCAAUUAAUGUUUUGUAAUUAUGCAUCUGAAAAACUCUGGGACUGCUUUUUCCCCCUUGUAUGUCCGCAGUGUCUGUGUUUAGCUACAUGGAUUAAUCACAUUAUACAUUCCUAAUAGAGAAUCAUCUGUUAUCAGUAUUAAUCAAGAAUUAAUAACUAAGAUAAAGCAGCAGGAGCCACUAAAGCAAGAUGUGUAUAAGUCACAAAAUGGUGAGACAUUUCAACACUGUCAACAGUGUAAAAAUGAUCAAGCACAGUGCAAUUAUUCAGACUGGUAUUCAGUAUCUGCUGGUCUAAUUUAGCUCACAGUUUACAUGACUGAAAAUAUUUCAAGGUCUUUCUGUUUACACUUUUUACACACAUAUUUAUGUUUUUACAUUUCAGAUUUUCUUAUUAUGAUCACACACAGAGGUGAUGAAAGCUUAAAAUGUGAGGACCAAAUCUAGUUCACCUUGAGUUAUAAUAAUUUAAUUUAAUCUAAUUUAAUUUCAAAUAAAGCGUAACCAAUAGAUCAGUGUAAUUUUCUAUUAGAUUAUAGUUUUGUUGCACUGUAAGUUUUUAAAGAUUUUUUUUGUUUUCAAGCUUUUAUAAAUUAAUUGCAUCGUCGUUAUUGUCAAUUGAUUUUAUGGAUUUUUUUGUUUUUAUUUAUAUAAAUUAUUAAUUUUUUUUAUAUGCACAUUGUCCUCUACCCAGGAAUAUUAUCACUUUUAUAAGUCAGUCUUGAGUGUUUAAAGGGUAACCGGUAUUUUUCAACCCGCAUCCUAUUCACCCGGUUAGAUGUGAAAAUAUGUCAGCUGUAUGCGCCGUUUCCCCCGCUGCUUCUCUAAUGUUCAACCUACCUCUUGCUCUUCUCCUGUUAUUUUCACAUCUAACUAGGCGAAUUGUGGGUUUAUGAACAGUGGAACAGUGGAAAGACGAACCAAAACGGUAUUUCUAUCAACUUUAGAAAAUAUUACUAUUAAUUCAAAUGGAGUCUGGUAGGUUCGGCGACAGCAAUUUCAGGGCUGAUUCUAGUAAAACAAAAAGGAUGACUCUAACUAAAAAGUCUAUCUCUGUAGGCAUCCUUUCCAUAAUUUUGUUAGAAACUUAAAAUAACAAUCUGAGCCUGUCAGUGGAAAAAACAAGCACUUUUAGAGGAUGUAAAGUGAAGAUGCAUAUGUCCAGAGUGAAUACCCAGCAGCUGGUUUCGUGGCUGCCAGUUGCAGACCGCUCCCUUAUUACUGGACCAAUUUCAAAAACUGUUGUUCCCAUUUGUCACUUAGACACAGAAAUGUGGGAAAAUAAGUUGAAGAUACCAGUUACCUUUUAAUGCCAGUGAAUAAACAUGUCUUAAUUGCUUUUUUAGUUUAAUGAUUUAUUUGAGAGUUGGAAAGCAAGAGCACAAAAUGAAACCGCAAAAACAGUUAAAAAUCACUGUCAGAUGUCAGGUAUGUUUGAUCCACUUUGUCCUUGAUCCUCAACCAGGAUAGAUAAGGUAGACUUUAUAUACGGGUAAUGAAAAAGAGGGUUAGCGUCAUGCAUCAUGAAAUCUGUCUGUGCUUCUGGCAGCUGCUUCAUUGUAUUACAUUAAUUGUAGUGUAUUUGAUGCAUAGCAGUGUGGGGUUUUCCUGAAUGAUCAACAGACAAUAGCGUGUAUAUAUUGCUGAGUGAGUGCCAGCCCAUGUGCAGGUGCUCACACUAUCUCACAGUAGUUUAAUAACUAACUUCACAGACUGAUUUCUGCUUAGUGCACCACCCAGUAGCUACUGUUUCAUUGAGACUAAAUGAUUCACGCAGGUUGACCCUCAUUGUUGUGUAGAAAUAAAUGUCAUGUAAGAAA